AUGUCGUCCCAACGAGAGAUCUUCAUCAAAGCCCUUUCUCGCACAUUAUGUUGGUCCGCGUCCUUUUAUCCUCAACCGAUCACCAACUUUCGGCGCCGUUCGACAGUUGGACUAGCCAUUGAUUUCCCCACCGUUAAUACUUUGGGAUAUGUGUGCUACACUGGCUAUACGGCCGCCUUCCUAUACUCCCCCGUGAUUCGUCACCAGUAUGCCGCUCGUCAUCCCGGGUCUGAAGGGUCUACCGUGCGAUUCAAUGACUUAGCCUUCGCGGUCCACGCUAUCAUUCUCAGUGCCUUAACUUACACGCAAUUUUGGCCCGCGGUCUGGGGAUUUAAGGUUUCACGCUUCCAACGAGUUAGUAAGCCAGUUGCAGGGCUGUUCUGGGGAUCUAUCGUGGCCGUCGCUAUUUUAAUCUUUAUCGUCCUUGGUCAAAGCCCCGAUGGAGGCUAUGACCCAUCCGCCUGGGGAUGGAUCGACGUCGUAUACGGUCUAUCAUACGUAAAACUACUGGUCACCAUUACCAAGUAUGUGCCGCAGGCUUGGGUAAACUAUAAGCGCAAAUCCACCCACGGUUGGCAUAUCGGUCAAAUUCUACUGGAUAUAGCUGGCGGUAUCUUGUCCUUGAUCCAACUGUUUCUCGACUCGAGCUUCCUGGAUGAUUGGAGCGGCAUCACGGGAAACCCUAUCAAGUUCCUGCUGUCGAACGUCUCGAUCCUGUUUGAUAUCCUCUUCAUGGUCCAGCAUUACAUUCUCUAUAGGGGCGCGGACGAUCAAGUUACCAAGCAUCAGGACCCAGACGUUACCACCCCUCUGUUGACCGAGUCCAACGGUGUACCGAGGACUGAAGAUGUGUGA